AUGUCCGUUACAUCCUCGCACUUUCCAACCGAAAGCUUAUUCACCACCAGCAGUCAAUUGGACAAUAGCAACUACACCAACCCUGAAAAUAAUUGUACAACAGCUACUGAGUGUACUAUUGCCACUACAGAUGAUUCCCCCGACGACAAUGAUAAUGACGAUUUAGACUAUUUUAUCCCUUCAAUGGAAGAGUUUUGCAUGCAUACAACCGCAUUGUAUACACCUAGACACGGUACAAUGUAUCUUACCAGCCAUGGUGAUGAAGUCGAUAAAAAUACUAGUGCUAACGACAUUAACCAACAGUUUGGUAACUUGUUCUGCACACCAAGGUCCAUCUUUACAAUUCAGUCUAUUGGAUCUGAGAUUGACAACAUUCCUAUAGCUUUGAAACGAAAUAUUUGGGCUGAAGGGUCAUCAACCAUGGGAUUGAAUUUGAAUCAAGAAGAGGGCCAAGAGUUGGUAUGGCAACUUCAAAAGGAGCAAGAGCUUAUUCUGCUUCAGCAACAACAAUUUCAAUUUCUGAUGCAACUUCAACAAGAGCAACAGCGCCAGAAACUGCAGCAACUUGACUUAUUCACAAAACAAUACUACAGCUAUGCAGCCAUGGAUCAAUGUAACAAUGUACACCCCAGUUUAGGUUCUGAGACGGUCAUUCUGAACCGUUUACACCUUCUUGAUUCCCCACUAAUUGGUAAAGACUACGCAACAAUAGCUCCACCCAAAAUCAACCCACCCCAAUGCUUGACUUUUAGAACUUACUCUGGCUCCAUAUUCACUGUGCCUUCUAAAUCAAGGUUUUUUGUUAUCAAAUCAUACAAUAUCCUUGACGUAAAUGCAUCAUUUGAACACAAGAUUUGGACAUCAACCGAACUAGGCAACAAGAGAUUAGACAAAGCCUUUCAUGAAUUGCAAAUCACCGGUAACCCUGACCUGGAUGGCAAAAUAUUUUUAUUCUUUCUGGUUAAUUCACUGGGAAAAUUCUGUGGUGUAUCGCAAAUGAAGGAGUGCAUAGAUUAUAACAAGACAAGUGAUAUUUGGUGUGAGCAAACUAGAUGGAAGGGAAUUUUCCCUGUGGAAUGGUUGUUGAUUAAAGAUGUUCCCAACAAGUUUUUCCAGCAUUUAAAAGUGCCUGCUAAUGAGUUUAAACCGGUGACUAAUUCAAGAGAUACGCAAGAGAUUCCUUUUGAUACCAGUAUCUCCAUGCUUAAAAUAAUUAGCUCAUUUAAAAAUAAUGAAUAG